AUGGCAGGGACGGGCCGGAGCCCCUCCUCCCGUGGGCGGAGUCCCGACGGCCACGGGAGCGGAGCCUGCCCGAGGGACUCAGUGCGCCACUGGCUCUGGUGCGAGGGGCCUGGACGUCGUGUGGCUCGGCAAAACCGUAGGCUUGCCUCCCAGAGCAGCAGCUGUCGGGGAGAGAUGAGAUGGUUCUGGCAAAAGACGCCUAUGGCUCUGAGACCAGACACAAUGAAAAGUACAGGAGGAUUUGGCCUGCUCAGCUUCCUGCUCAUCCUGGCAUUCCUCUCACACUCAGGUUUUAGCCUCGUCUGCUACAGCUGUCUUGACCCAGUUUCAGACUGCAACAUAAAUGUGACCUGCCCACCUAACCUGGAUGCAUGUCUUGAUGCACACUCUGGGCAUCGAACCUAUCGCCACUGUUGGGCAAUGCAGGAUUGUACUUUCCAAUUCAUUUCCAGCCGGCUAGGAGAGCCUGAGAUCCAGUACAGAUGCUGCCAGCAAGACAACUGUAAUCACAAAAGCAAACACAAACUUACUGGAGCAGCUGCCACCAUAUCGGGGAAGCUGGCAUUGUUGGUGACCCCAUUAGUGGCAGCAAUGUGGAACCUUUAUCUCUAAUGCAAUAGCAGAGAAGGGAUCUACUAAACUCCUCCACUUUCCCAUUUUCUUAUCUUCCCAUUUUCUUACUGCUGCAAACCAAAGCCUUUAUUGUUUUCCAACUGGAUGUUGUUGACAAAGAAUAAAAUUAUCUUGCAUACCUUGGAUAA